CUGCCAGUCCUCCGCCAUAUUGACUGUUGUCUUGACUGGAGGAGAGAGCGAGCGAGAACAUUUUGAGGUCUGAGAAGAUACGAAAGUGCGCUCUUAAAAUUAAGUGGAAACUGGUGCAAACUUGGUCAAGGCGUAUUACUGACGCCGCUAUAAUGGCAAGGAAGAAAAGCAAGCAGCAGGGGGUCGUCCAGAAGGAGCUUGUUCCCGGACAGCAGCCCACGGCGAAGAGCUCAGCGGCUCCGGGCGACGCGGCUGGCGGCGGAGAUGCUGCGCUGGAUCGGCUGGCUGCCGCCACCAGGGCGACCCAGCCUAUGCACACCUGCUGCCUCCUUUGCCACCGUGAAUUUAAGGACUGGGGCGCAAGCUCUGCGAAUGGACUCCCAGGAGGCCAUGGGACCAAGCUGGCUGAUGCAGUGCCUGCGCUCUCUCAGGCCUUAUUGCGGGAAGCACCAGGGCGAAAGCUUGCUGAUGCAGUGCCCUCGUUGUCUCAGUCCCUGCUAGGAGAGGUACCUCUAUGGAUCUGUCAGAGCUGUCGCAAGAGUGUAGAAGAGGAGGAGAGACGGAGCACCCAGGAACAGCAGACACAGGUACCAUUGUCACAUUCAUCCUCCUGCAAAUCUCAGAGCUGUGGAAACGGUUUUCCGGAGCAAAAUACUGUGGAUUGGGACCCAAGUUCCUUCCUGUCAGCACACAAACUGUCAGGCCUCUGGAACUCUGCCCAUACAAAUGGAGGGGAGCACUGCAACCACAAUACUUCUUCACACUCACAGCAAGGUUUACCACCAGGCUCAACCUGUCACGAGAAAAGAGGGCUUCAUGAAGCACCUGGGAAAUCUGUGAAAAAUUCAGGGACCAAAGUAUGUCCCUAUAGUCACCCUUCAUCCCAGAAUUCCAGCGGAUCCUCUGCUGGGAACCCCUUGUCUACCUCAACAGACCCUUGUAAGACCACUCCCAAGCACUUGAAGAACAUGUGUCGUCGACCAACGCCACCAGGUGAAGCCUUUCAUCCCAGCGACCACCAUCCACACACAGACCUGUCGGUACCCCCCAACAGUCCCACCGGCCUGUCUUCCCAACAUUCCUCCCUCCUGCCCCCAAAGCCAAGCUCUGGGCAGCAUGGCCAUGUUACCUCCUCCUCUGGCACUGGUGUAGCAGCACAUGGUCUUUUCUCUCCACUGGUACCAAACCUCCACAACUCUACCGCCAAAAUCAAUUCUCCUAGUCCAGACAGCCCAACAUCUGUCCAUAAGCCCAGCCCAUGCAAGAACUCCCACAUUCCUGCUGUAAACACGCAACACAACAAACUGGGCACAUCUGCCAUGAGCUGUAACCAUCCUUGUAAUGGACAUAGUGGGGGAACAGGGGCUAUCUCCAGUGCAGGUCAUCUGACAUCUGGGGCCUGCAGAGACCAGGCAUGUAAGGGGUACAAAAUGACAAAUGGCACGUUAUGCCACCCUUCGUCUGAGCUGGAGGAGGGGGAGGAUGAAGACAGCAGCUCUGAGAGGAGCUCUUGCGCUUCAUCUUCCACUAACCAGAAGGAUGGGAAGUACUGUGACUGCUGCUACUGCGAGUUCUUUGGACACAAUGCGCCACCAGCUGCACCAACAAGCCGUAAUUAUGCAGAGAUCCGUGAAAAGCUGCGCUCACGGCUCACCCGGCGUAAAGAGGAGCUGCCUCAGCGGCAAGACUCAGAACUGACCGUGGCUGGUGCUAUUGACAACAGAGACGUCGAUGAGUUGCUGGACUUCAUAAACAGUUCAGAACCCAAACCUGUCAACAGUGCUAAGGCUGCCAAACGUGCUCGACACAAACAAAAGAAGAAGGAAAAAGCUCAGCAGGGGAGUAUGGGUGCUGCAGGAGGUGACCCCCACUCUAUUUCAUCUGAAACGGUUGAUGAACCUCUUCCUGAUGAAUCUGAGGACAGCAGGUUGCUGGACUGGCCACAGCUGGAGCUUGAACGUGUCAACAGUUUUCUCACCAGUCGGUUGGAAGAGAUUAAGAACACCAUUAAGGACUCUAUCCGGGCCUCAUUCAGCAUGUAUGACCUCAAUCUGGAUGUCAAUGACUUCCCAAAGAAGGCAGCCACAUUGGAGACCAACCAUUUACUGACCCACCUCAACGGUUCAACUGACCUGCAGCAGAUAGACCUCGAUCUGGCCCCUCUUUCACUGGGAAACUUUAAGAGCCAUCUGGACCUGGUUAAUGGAUGGGAGGACACAGCCCCUGUCUCGUCAUCAAAUACUGCCACCACAUUAGGAGUCACUACUGGGUCUAAAGACAUCCAGCGGCUACACACUACGCCCAGCCUCUCAAAACUCAUCAGGGUUUGCUCUCCAGAACGAUGCACUUCCACUGGACCUGAAAAUUCAUCACAGAUCCCAGGCCAAACAACAGCUAAAUGUAAGGAGGACGUCCCUGAUCCCAAAAACACUGCAGUUGGUAGUGCUGGAACAAAGUCAAAAAAGAGCAAAAAGCAGCAGCAAAGACAGGAGCAGCCACCACCAGAACCAGCUAACAAACCAACCAAAGCUGUCUCCGGCCAUGAUGCACACAAAACCAGUGCAGCGGAUGUGAAUUCUAACACAUCAAAGCCUGGAAAUAAACAACUUCAGCACUCUGCAGACAACCAGAGGAAUGGUCUUAAGAAAACUGAGCAGAAGGCAGACCUUAGACACUCAACCAGUGGAACAAACAGUGGUCUCCCCAAUGUGCAAAGGUGCAAAGGUGACACAGAAGUGCGGGGCGCUCGAUCUGAGCAGGAUUCAGAGGGCAAAGCUCACCCCAUCACUGCAGCAAAUGGCCAGCAGCAGCAACAAGCCAAGGGAAAAAACAAGAACAAGAAGAAUAAGGGUGAAAAAUCCAGUACUGCUCUUGAUGACGUAUUUCUGCCUAAAGACAUGGAUCCAACAGAAAUGGAUGAGAUUGAUCGGGAAGUGGAAUACUUCAAAAGGUUCUGCCUCGACUCUGCAAAGCAAACCCGCCAGAAGGUAGCUGUGAAUUGGUCCAACUUCAGUCUCAAAAAGGUCCCUUCCAGUGCAGCUCAAUAAUGUGGAUGAGUGCCAGACAAAACUUUACACCGUAAACUCUUUCAGCAGAGCCCUGUUUGGCCCGAGGCCUUUUCUCAUUCCCCAUUUCUUCUUUCUACAAAGCCAAGGGACCCUGGUUCAAAAUCACACCCAUUCAAAAGACUGAAAUAUAACUGUGGCUAACAAACCAGGGAUGAGUCUCAAGGCCAGUGCAGCCCUUUGUUAUUCCUUCAGUGUUCACUCAGUGAGAUGCAAAAUGGGAAGAAAAAACAUGUUAAAUCCACUGCAUCCAUGUGCUUAUGUAUGUAACUUUUAUCUUGCAUUAAAUAAAUGUUUUUAACACAAAUCUGAGAAAUUUUAACAUUGUUGAACAACUGAAUUCUAAACAGUUCAAUUUGGUGCUCUGAAGACAUUGGUCAAGCUUCAUUAUAUUCUGCAUUUCAAUGGGGUUUCUCCCACUACACCAGUUUCCAUAGCUUAUACUAUGUGGUCUAUCAAUCAGGAUCAAAAGACACAGUUUUUACAUUUUUGUGGAGCCUCUCCCUACCAGGAGUUUGUGGUAUUCUGGUCUGAUGAGGAUAACAAUUGCUUUGGUUUUUAAUCCCACUUGAGUUGAAACUCUUCUCACAAGAAGACUGCACUACAUUUGCUGGAUGUCAUCUCUGAAUUGGCACAUUUCCUCACCAUUUGUUUAGUUGUGAUCAGCAGUUUAUCAAAGAAUGAAUAAUGGAAAGAUGAAAUCACAAAUACCUGACCAAUCUACACGAUUAACUUGUAUGAAAUCUUCAAAUCUAUUUAAAAAAAUGUUAGUUUGUCGAGCUUCUGUUCAACAACACUUUAUAACCUUGUGAGCAAACUGUCGAUUCGCUGUGUGUAAAACUUGCCUCAAAUGAUGCAUCCUAGCAAAUAGAACUCAAUGAAGUACCCAUGCAGAUGAGUCCCUAUGCAUGUAUUAGGCAAAGUUCAGUGUGUCUGUUGCUUCAGUGUCGGUCCCUCUUUGGUGUUUACCUUUGAACAAUCUCUGUUGUAGUAUUCUACAAAAUAUAUCAAUGCUUUGCCAUUUGUUGUGCAGUAGAAGAAAGUCCAGUCCUCUACCAAACACUACUUUUAACCCCUAUAUUACAGGUUUUCACACUUGAAGGUACUGUGGUGUGCAAGCAUCGUUUUAAACGUUGGAACCAUCACACAAUGUUCAAUGCAGUUAUUUUAAUGUUUGUACAUACUGAAUAAUUAUUUUGAGACUUUGACAUACAUUUCUGGAGAUUUUUGUGUGAUUUUGUUUUUUUUUUUUUUUUUCUUUCUACAUAUAUAUUAAACCAUGCUACUUUUCCCAGUACUGUGACCUUGGUGGCAUUUGCCACCUCAGUCAACUAUCUGAAGUCCCAUUCUUGUUCAUCUUCAGAUGAGGAAUAUCACUGAAGAGUCGAUACGUUUGCGACAAGAGCCUUGGGGUUUCCUCUCGUAUUCAUGUUUUAGCUGAUGGAUGAUUUCUUUCCUGAGUCUUUGCUGACAUUUUGUUUUCAUAGAACACCUCUGAUGCUUUCCAGGUAUAUUCAAUUACAGGCGAUUAUCUUAAUGUUUCGAAUGUAGAUUUAUACUAUACCAGUAAUGGCCAAGUGUGUGUUGGCUUGUUUCUUUUUUAAUUCACUUUUGAUACUGUGAAAAAAGAAAAAAAUCUUUCGUUCAGAAAGAUUAAAAACGAUACAGUUUUGACAAAAA